AUGAUUAAAAUUUUUAAUUUAUUUUUUGUCUUUCUAACGGUUUCAUCCAGAAAUACUGACUGGCAGGAUUUGAUUUUGUCUACUAUUCCUCAUUUGAAUUACACUGGAGUCUCCGCACAAUGUACCAAAGAAACAAAACUGUGGUUGGGAUCACUGGAAUUGUUUUUGGCCGAGUCUAGUAUUUGUAUGUCUGUCUUUAGAAUUCUUUUCAAGAAUCACCUAAUAUAUUUAGAACUGGACUCCUUCGGUCGUCUCCUCCAACCAGGCCUUCUAGAACUUUCCACAACUUUCGAGGGAUCUUUCCAAGAAUGCGAGCAGAUCAGUGGUGUCAAAUACGACACUAAUUAUUGCUACAUGUCCUUAUUACCCAAAUUCCACAAUCCAUUUUCAUCUCUUCCAUUCCGAUCCGCUGUAUGCAUGCCAAGAUCCUGCAAGCAUCAUGAUCUUCCGAUUCUAUAUAAUCAGUUGGGAUCGAAACUUUUCACGGCGAGAGUUGCUUUUUGUGUUCAUCAAGAUGUUGAGAAGGAUUCAGCGUUUUGGGGAUUUACGGUGUUCAUGAUUGUUAUGGUGUCGAUUUCGAUUCUGGCUACAACUGUGGACUUUUUGAGAGAAUCGGUUUACGAAAAAACGAGUGAUCAGGAGAAGAAUAUUGCUCUCAAAAUCCUCAUUGCCUUCUCGUUCUGGACCAACGCUGGCCAAGUGUUAUCUGUCAAGGAACAAAAGCCUGGAUUCAUAAAGUCCCUAGACUGCAUCCGCGCGUUUUCCAUGUCCUGGGUUGUCGCUGGACACGCGCUCAUGUACUUUUUGUUUUCUGGUAAGUCCUCCAAUAGUUGGAGUAACAAAAAAUCACCCAUUAAUUCAGAUGCCCUUCUCCCAUUGAGUUCUGUGAGUAAGCAUAUCUGGAAUCACCUCUUCCUUCAAGCCGUCCUCUCCGUUGACACUUUUUUCUUAUUAUCUGGAAUUGUAGUGGCUUACUUGUUCUUUAAGCAACGCCCCAAGCCAGCUGUCAUCAAAAGUCCGUUGACCUGGAUUCUAUUCUACCUACACCGUUAUCUCCGUCUCACGCCUCCUUACAUGCUGUUCAUCGGAUUUUUUGUAGUCUAUAGUCCUUAUGUGCAAGGACCCUAUAACGCGUGGAUGUGGAAUGCCCAGAACCAUGAAGCUAAUGCUUGUAAGUCAAAUUGGUGGAGAAACUUGCUGUACAUCAACAACUACGAUUUGAAUCAAAUGACAACUUGCUAUGGAGUGUCCUGGUACUUGGCCGUGGAUACUCAAUUGUACAUUCUGGCUCCAAUUGUUCUCAUUGCUCUCUAUUUUAGUUUUGCUGCAGGUUUUAACUCUCGAACCCAAAAAAAUUUUUUCAGCGCCAGCGGUGAACACAACAACGUCAUCUACCAACGUCCCUGGAUCCGUUGCACCCCAUACCUCUUGGGACUUCUCACCGGCUACAUCAUCGCGACAUACGGCAAACGUCAGAUUCGAUUAAACUGGGCAAUAUGUGUUGUUUGUUGGCUAGUUGCUUUCGGAAUUGGAUUCGCGUGUUUGUUCUCAAAUUAUGAUUACGACAACGGAUCAUAUUGGUCACCAUUCGCCAAGGCAACAUUCUGUAAUUUCUCUAGGCUAUUCUGGUCGAUUGCUGUUGCGUGGGUGAUUGUUGCUAAUCACUUUGGUUGUGGAGGUAAACCUUUGGGACCAAUCAACUCAUUUAUGUCUCAUCCUAUAUGGCAACCAUUUGGACGGUUAUCCUAUUGUGCUUAUAUUGUUCAUUGGAUGGUACUGUACUACUACUUGAAUGUUGGAGAUAGACCUAUCCAUUAUUUUAACACCUGGCAAGUAUACUGCUACUAUGCGAUUCCUGCCACCAUCCUCUCCUACGUAGCCGCAUUUUUCUGGAGCUGUCUUUUUGAAGUUUCCACGUUGAAACUCGAAAAAAUGUUGAUUGAAGCAAUUCUAAGCAUUGGCUCCGGCUCUGGCCUUGGCUCCCCGAGCAACAACGCCACACCCAAAAAACCAAUUUCCGACGAAAGCUCUCAGUCACAAAACGGAGUCGGCAAAGAACACGAAUCCUGGGAAAUUGAGCCGGAAACCGAUUGCUCAAGUCUCAAACUCUAA